CUUUGACCGUCCGAGUAGUUUUCUUUUCCUCCUACUCCUUUGAGUGGAUUACCUUGUGCUGCUCGGGAUGUUUUGCGAGAAAGCCGUCGAACUCGUACGAGAGCUUCAGCGCAGCAACGACGGACAACUUCCGGCCUUCAACGAGGACGGCGUGCGGCAGGUGCUGCAAGAGAUGGAAGCGCUGUAUGAACAAAACCAGGCUGACGUAAAUGAGACCAAGAGCGAGCAGAGAGUCGACUUGCUUCCCUCCAUCCGCUUGCGUCACUGCUGUCUGCUGAGGAACCAACGCUGCGUCAACGCCUACUUGUAUGACCGGCUGCUGCGAAUCCGAGCCCUACGCUGGGAAUAUGGCAGUGUUCUUCCCGCCAAUGUGCGCUUCCACAUGAACGCCGAAGAGGUACAGUGGUUUGCGCGCUACAAAAAGUCUCUGGCGUCCUUCAUGCGCUCGCUUGGCCGGGGCAGCGGCGGACUGGACUUCACGCAAGACGUGAAAGCGCCCAAGAGUAUUUACAUCCAGGUGAGGUGCGUGAAGGACCAUGGUGUGCUGGAGAUUGACGACGGGACGCUGGUCCUUCUCAAGAAAAACAGUCAGCACUUCCUGCCGCGCUGGAAAUGCGAGCACCUCAUUCGUCAAGGCGUCCUGGAGCAUGUCGUCUCCUGAGCGACCACGUCGGUGUCUGGACGCGCACACAGCUCCGGUCGCUACCGUUUGCUUGCCGGGUCAUGACGCACAAAGAACCGCACAGACUUUCUUAAUCUGUCUGCAAUUAAAGCACAAGUUGAUCUCAA